AUGCCAGGACAAAUCGAGCCUCGACGCGUCGCUGUGGCGCUAGCCAUCGAUUAUGACGAGAACCGAACAGAUCGUGCGCUUGUGAUGUUGGUACGCUCGCGCAAGCAUAGCGAUAAGUGGGUCGUACCUAAGGGCGGGAUCGAGAAGGGCGAGUCGGCCAGGGAAGCGGCAGCCCGAGAAUUAUGGGAGGAAGCUGGCGUGAAAGUGGGCAAGGAAGCACCGCCAUGGGGCCUCGAUGCUGAGCCUGUCAUGCAUAGAGACAAGCGCGCACACAAGAAAUGCCCUGCUGAUUUGAUCGACACGCCCAACAUGAUCCCCCGAGCAGUGUAUGUGCUGGAGGAAUUCCGAAUGCACCCCUCCAAUGUGCAUGCCAAGUGGCCCGAGGCUCAUGAGCGGGAGCGUCAGCUGUUUCCGCUACACGAAGCCAUUGAGCACGUAUCAUGGCGUGAGGGCAUGCGCGAACUGAUCGAAAAUGCACGAAUCGUAACAUCUGGCUUUUACAAAGGAACGUAG